AGGGGGCGCGCGCCGCUUCCGCGGCGGCUGGCGCGGCGCGGGCGCCAUGGAGCGCUACGCGGGCGCCUUGGAGGAGGCGGUCGACGGGGCCCGGCAGCAGGAGAGGCACUACCAGCUGCUGUCGGCGCUGCAGGGCCUGGUCAAGGAGCUGCCCAGCUCCUUCCAGCAGCGCCUGUCCUACACCACGCUCAGCGACCUGGCCCUGGCGCUCCUCGACGGCACCGUGUUCGAGAUCGUGCAGGGGCUGCUGGAGAUCCAGCAUCUCACCGAGAAGAGCCUGUACAACCAGCGCCUGCGGCUGCAGAACGAGCACCGAGUGCUCAGGCAGGCGCUGCGGCAGAAACACCAGGAGGCCCAGCAGGCCUGCCGGCCCCACAACUUGCCUGUGCUCCAGGCGGCUCAGCAGCGUGAGCUAGAGGCGGUGGAGCACCGGAUCCGUGAAGAGCAGCGCGCAAUGGACCAGAAGAUCGUCCUGGAGCUGGACCGGAAGGUGGCGGACCAACAGAGCACACUGGAGAAGGCAGGGGUCGCUGGCUUCUAUGUGACCACAAACCCCCAGGAGCUGACGCUACAGAUGAACCUCCUGGAACUCAUCCGGAAGCUGCAGCAGAGGGGCUGCCAGGCAGGGAAGGCGGCCCUGUGAUCAGGCGGGACUCCUGCCAGUGACCAGCUGCCCACCGCGGCGGAGAAGACAGCCCUGUCUCAGUUGCCAGAGGCAGCGGAAAGCUGAGUGGUGCUCAUCUUCCUGAAGUCUGACCCCCACCUUCCCAGCUGCUGCAGGAGGGGCUCCCGUGAGGAGAGGCUGUGUGGGCCUGGGCUGCACCUGCCACCCGCCCACCUCCAUCUGGAUUUUGUCCAAAGUAGGGUGGUCAGGUAAAAGGAACGGUGGGCCCAACCCUCAGCCGUCUGCCCCAGGCAUCCUAUUUGCUCUUGUCUCGGCCCCACCCCUGGCAACUACAGCCCCAGAGUGGGAAAGGCUCCCAAGUUGUAUGUGACCCCCAAGAAAUAAAGAGGGCCCAGUAUGGCAUGCACGUG